AUGCGAUUUAAUAUCACUCAAUGCAACCUAAACCAUGCAUGGGGUGCUCAUAACUUGUUGCACCAACAUAUGCUGGAAAAAGACAUAUUAUUUGCCUUAAUAUCGGAACCGGUUUGUAUUCCUGUUGUUGAUUGGCAAGGCUCAAGGAACGGAAAGGCUGCAAUAUGCUGGAAAUCUAAAGAUCUGGAGUAUCAAUGUAAAUUGGAUAAGCAGGGUACUGAACGGUUGAGGUGCUGUAAGGUACUAAUAGGUGGAGACUUCAACUCUAAAUCCGAAUACUGGGGCUCCAGUACUACGGAUGCUAAAGGAGAAUUGGUUGAAGAGUGGGCUGUCACGCAUGGAUUGGUGUUAGUUAACACAGGUACUACACCUACCUGUGUCAGACCGCAAGGAGAGUCUGUAAUCGAUCUCACUUGGGCUACUCCCAGUAUGGUUAAUCUGAUAGCAAGAUGGACUGUAGAUGUUGAGUCCCUGACGCUGUCGGACCAUAGAUAUAUACAGAUACAAAUAGGAAAAAGUAGCUUACUAUAUACAAAGAAAAAAGAGGCUCAAUCCACCAUGCGUAAUAAAUAUCCACGUUGGAGCUGGCGUAAAAUGGACACUGAUAUGUUUGUCGAAGUCCUUGAGCUGAGCAACACAACUUGGAAGUUCCAAGAAGAGGACGAUCCUAACGAUGAUGCAAAUAAGAUUGUAUCUAUGAUAUCUGAUGCUGCGGACAUGGCCACUAAUCGGAUUAAACAUCCUGAAAGGGGGAAACAGGCAUAUUGA